AUGGCCACCUACCUACGGACAAAUAUCCACGACGGCUGGACCUUCAAGCAAGCAGACAAGCCAGACUCAGAUUUUCGUUCCGUCGCCCAGUUCCCAACCGUCAUACAUCUCGAUCUACUACACCACGGACUAAUUCCAGAUCCGCCAAAGGAUAGAAACAGCGAACUCAUUCAAUGGGUCGGCGAGAAGCAAUGGCUCUACAGAACUUCAUUCACCUCACCGCAGGCACCAUCAGGCAGCGGCAAGACAUCUCACACAAUGGUCUUUGAUGGCCUCGACACAUAUGCCAAGAUCAGUCUUAAUGGCAAGGAGAUUGCCAGCACAGCCAACAUGUUUCUUCAAUAUCGUGUAGAUGUCACAGAUACAUUGAAGUCAGCGGGUGGAGAAAACACGCUUGAGCUUCUUUUCGACUCUGCCUUUUUAGAGGGCAAACGGCUUGAAAAAGCGCAAGGCUAUAAGAACUUGUUCUGGAAUGGCGAUUCGUGCCGUAUGAAUGUCCGCAAAAUUGGAUGUCAUUUUGGAUGGGAUUGGGCGCCAACGCUGCUAACCUGCGGUCCAUGGAGACCAGUCUAUCUCGAGUCCUUCGUCACUCGUAUCGCUGAUUUGAACAUCGACAUUGAUGUUACAGAUUCUCUAGACUCUGCAACUGUAAACGCCAAUCUGGAGCUACAAGGUCCUGACAACAACGAUAAGUUGGUACAAAUCAACAUCAGUGGUCCAGAUGAUGAAACCGUUUUUACCGGAAGAUAUGGAACGCAGCCGCUGUACACAGUGACGGCCACUCUGGGUGACCAAAAGAUCACUCGCAAAGUCGGCAUCCGCCAUCUCCGUCUAAUUCAGCGACCUCUUGAAAAAGGAGCUCCAGGAACGACGUUCUUCUUUCAAGUGAAUCAAAUCCCCAUAUACUGCCGCGGCGCCAACUGGGUGCCCGGAGACACCUUCUUGCCGAGGAUCAAUGCAAAGCGCUAUCGCCAAUGGAUCGAACUGGCACUCCAUGGAAACCAGAACAUGAUCCGCGUCUGGGGCGGAGGACUCUACGAGGAUGAUUCGUUUUACGAGAUUUGCGACGAGCUUGGAAUUCUCAUAUGGCAUGAUUUCCAACUUGGAUGCGGUGUAUACCCCGUAUCGGAUUUCAUGACCAACACCAUCCGCGAGGAGGCCAUAUAUAACCUUAAGCGGUUACGCCACCACCCUUCAAUCGUCCUGUGGUGCGGCAACAAUGAAGACCACAUGUUUGCAGAGCUGCACCAUCUCGAAUACGACAUCAACGACAAGAACCCAGACAACUGGCUAAAGACAAACUGGGCAGCACGCUGGUACUACGACAAAAUGCUACCCGACAUCUGCACCGAGCUCGUUCCUCGCGUGCCGUAUCACAACUCUUCCCCCUGGGGAGGAUCGUACAGCAACGACGCAACUGUGGGCGACAUCCAUUCUUGGAGAUCACGCACAUUCGAUAACUGGUUCUGCGCACCAGAAGACCAGCGCACGCUGUCAAUGUACUUGAUUGAUAACCAGAAGCACAACCACGCUUCGUUAUCAGCAUACGUAUAUGCCACUCAGCUCAACCAAGCCGAGGCAACGGACUACGCGUUGAGACCGUUCCGGCGUCUUUGGAAAGGUCCUGGACAAGAGGAGUGUGCUGGAAGUCUGAUAUGGCAGCUCAACGACUGUUUCCCAGCAGCGAGUUGGUCCUUGGCCGAUGCGUUUCUUCGUCCCAAGCUGGCUUAUUUUGUUGCAAAGAGAGAUUAUGCGCCCAUUAUUGUUGGCUGCACAAGAACGACAGUUGAAACCCCUGCUGAUGAAUUUACUAGAGUGUAUAUAAAGCGAGUUACCACGGCAGAUGUCUGGGCCAGCAACUGCACCGUUUCUGAGGCAAAGUUGACCGUAACGACAGUCUUUUAUUCUGUAUUGGAUGGUAAACUGCUGGCCUCUGAGUCCGAAGAAGUGGCGCUACCGCCAAACCGCUCAAUAGAGCUGCGAAAAUUGAAAUUUGAGGAAGACAAAUGGGGAGUCAAGCAGGAAUCUGUAGUUGUUGCUACAAAGCUGACCAAAGAUGGAGCCGUGCUAGCUCGCUAUAUCAACUUCCCACAACCAUUGAGACAUCUCGACUUGACCGCUACAGAGGUUACCGUCACCAAAAAAGACGUCAAUGUCUCUGAUAAAUCGUUCAAGCUUGCUGUUUCGGUGAAGAAUGGUGUGGCCAAGGGGGUAGAAUUGAUGAUCGACUCUGUGGACCCGGACGUUGCGGACAGUUUCACCUUUAGUGAUAAUGCUUUGGAUCUAGUUCCAGGCGAGGAGCAGAUUGUAAUUGUUACUGCUGUCGCCGAUGCAAAGAUUGAUAUCGGCGAAAUUGGAGUUGUAGAGCAGCACUAUGGCUCGAUAAGUUUGGAACCGGAGAAUUAA